AUGUGAAACUUCCCUUCCCAAUCCAAGUCCUAGACUUCUUUCUUCUCAUCAAAUUAUCUAUUUAUACCCCCCACCAAAAACCAGCUUCUCCAACCAAACCCCUCUUCCUUCUUUACUUCACAUUUCUCUUUCACUCUUUAUUUUCCAAUUUUUUUUUUUUUAACAAUUUAGGAGGGGUUUGGUUUUUAGCAAAGGUCAUGGCUAAACUUAUUGCUGCCUUCUUCUUGGCUCUCAUUGCCAUUUCCAUGCUUCAAACUAUGGUGAUGGCAUCACAUGGACAUGGAGGUCAUCACUAUGAUCAAAAACAUUAUGGCCCUGGAAGCCUGAAAAGCUAUCAAUGUCCAUCACAGUGCACGAGGAGGUGCAGCAAGACCCAAUACCAUAAAGCAUGCAUGUUCUUCUGUCAGAAAUGCUGCAAGAAAUGUCUGUGUGUGCCUCCAGGGUAUUAUGGGAACAAAGCUGUGUGCCCUUGCUACAACAACUGGAAGACCAAGGAAGGAGGACCCAAGUGCCCUUGAACUUGAAGAAUCCCUUAUAUCCCUCUUUCCUACUUAAAAUCAAGUUCCUUAAUCAUAAUUAAGCAGUAUAUUGCUCUACUGCUAACUAUAUAUUUAUGUUGUUACUAAUAUACGCGUUUUGGAAACGUGCUGGUUUUACCCAUCCUGCAAAUGAGAGUGGCUAAUCUUUGUUCCGUUUAUCAAUGAAGGUGUUA